AUGGCUGAUUCAACCGACAACUCUGCUGAAACUAGUCAACGUAAUAAAAAAAGUGUUAGAGGUCCCACUAUGUUGAAAGCAAUUGAAAACGUUCGUAAAACGGGUAUAAAGAUCCCUCUCCAGUUUGAUCUAGAAACUGGAGAGUGUUAUGGUAACAAUGCCUCCCAUUUUAAGAGUUACGUAGCACUUCUUACUCGAGAAAGAUGCAGUAUUGCGAAAGAGUUGUGGAAACAUAUACCUGAAGGAGUAAAAAAUGCUAUGUGGACAGAUAUUAAGGAAGAGUUUGUGAAGUAUCGACAGACCUCUGAUUUUAAGGAAAAAAGUCAAAAGGGUAGGGAGAAUCAUGCAAAGAAUGUUUACCCACAUGUAUUAUCCCGUGGAGGGUAUAAGAGGCUCGAGGAGCAGAUGAUCAAUGAAAAGAGAUUGUCCUUAUCAAAAGAUAGUUCUGGCUUAACUGAUGAUGAUCGUCAUCCAUCUCCACCGGAACGCUAUGAGACAUGGACGAGAGCACGACAAAAGAAAGGGGGAGAAUUCACAUCCGAGCCUGUAAAAAAAGUUGCUGAGAAAAUUGAGAAAAUUGUUGAAGACUCAAAAAAGGGUGACUUUGUUCCAACGAGACGUCACGAUGUCCUAACAGAAGCCAUUGGAACACCUGAGCAUGGUGGUAGUGUUCGUGGUGUUGGAAAAAAACAUAACAUUACCACUUACUGGGGAAGAUCAAAGGUUUCACGUCAAAGUCAAGGUAUAGAUGUCAAAGAGCAACUAGCAGCAUUUAAAGCAGAUUUGGAAGCUAAGUUUGAGGAAAAGUUGGCGCAAGAGCGUAAGAUGAUGCAAGAUUCUCUUAUGGAGACACUAAAGUCCAUGGGUUUAUCCCAAACCUCUGAUACAAAUAAUAGAGUCAUGGUACCUGAAGCGCAAACUGAACAACUUGUUGUCACCGGAAGCGCAAAAGGGAGUUGUUCUCCUGCACCGGUCAAGAUGCAAAAUGAACUCAAGGAGGUUGUUGUCACUGAAAGCGCAAAAGGAAGUCGUUCUCCUGCACCGGUAGCAGAGGCAGCAGAGGCUCAAGAUAACAUGGACGAUGUUCAGAAAUUGUUAAUGAUGGUUCUGAAAAGGGGUGAUGAUCAUUUGGAUGUAGAAUUAAGUCAUUGUUCAAUGUGUACUAAUUUUCUCAUGUCUUGCAAGUGUAUAAGAGAGUUGUUGGUGGGUUUUAUUUGGCUCGACAUGAGUACUCUAAGUGUUUGGUGCUCGUACAUUCAUAGUUUAUGCAUUGAAAACAACACCACAAAUGUAUAUGGAAUUUUGGAACCAACUUUUCUGAACAUUGUUGGUGAUGCUGGGAAAAAAAGUGAUCAGAGAAUAUCUCAAAGUAAAUGCAAGAAAUACAUCCAGCAUAAGUUACAAAAUGAAAAGAAAGAGUGUCAAUUAUUACCAUUUAACCAUGGAGGACAUUGGCAGUUGAUAGUACUUUGUCCAAAGAUAAAUACCGUGGUUGUUAUUUGUUCACUACAUUGGAAACUUAAUCCAAUAAUGGAGAAAAUUGUUUCAAGUGUUUUUACGGUUGAUCAAAUGGCGAAUGGCAAUAGAAAGAACAAUACCGUAUGGCUUUAUCCACAAGCGAGGAAACAAUAUAAUUCAAAUGACUGUGGAUACUAUGUAAUGAAAAAUAUGUUGGACAUUGUCACUGCUAAGAUAACUGAUUCUUGGAUGGAGGUAUUUAAUGACCCAAAAGAGUUAACAGCUGAGGAGAUGUAUGAAUUGCGAUUACGUUGGUCAACAUAUUUUUUGGAGUUAUUGGAGGGUUAAGAUUUAUCUGGGUGAUGAAUUGGUUAUUAGCUUUAGUUUGAGUCUUGGAAGCAGAUCAGGUGAUGGAAUUGGUAUUUUGGCUCGGAUGUGCAUUCUCACUGUUUUGGACUGUUUAUUUUGGACUAUUUUAGGAUGGUUUUAUGAAGGAAUUGGUAUUAGAAUUGGUAUUUUUGUGAUGGAAUUGGUAUUUUAUGAAGGAUUGGUAUUUUAGAAUUGGUAUUUUAGGAAUUGGUAUUUUAGGAUUGGUAUUUUAGGAAUUGGUAUUUUAGGACUGUUUAUCAGGUGAUGGAAUUUUAUGAUGCUGUUGCUGAGAAGCAUAGUUUAACUGCACAUGAAUUGUUUGAUGGAAAUGAUCUUGCUACUUUCUUAUCUAAUUUGCAUCAAGAUGUUGGAAAUUUAAAGGCAAUUGUUGUGUGGUUAUUGGUUGCUAGUGCAACUGAUUUUUAACAUAU